AUGGCGACCGAUACCAUCUCCACGCCGCAGCCGGCCUCCCAAAAGAUUUUCGCUUCUCAGUGGUCCUCCCGCUACCGUGGCUCCAAGACCUCGACCCCCGCCGCUCUCUCCCUCAUCCCCUCCGACCCCAUCUCCCACGCCCUCAUCUCCGCCUUUGAGCGCGAGUACACCCACCUGACCGUCGUCUCGGCCAAGACCCGCGCCCUCCUCGGCUACGUCUCCAUCCCCAACCUCCAGCGCCUGCUCGACUCCGGCGCCGUCAGCCCCGACGACGAAAUCUCCGCCGCCAUGACGCGCUUCCGCCGCAAGGGCGCAAAGUACACCGUCAUCACCAUGGCCACCCCGCUCGAGGACCUCGAGGCCUUCUUUAGCGGAGAGGGCAGCGGCGAGCCCCAGUCCUUUGCUGUCGUCACCGACGAGAAGCGGAGAUUUGUCCUCGGCGUCGCUACCGUCGAGGAUCUCGAAGAGUUUGUCAAGAGGCGGCCUGCUUGA